AUGGAUUGUAAUAGCAGUACCAUUCAGAUGGAGACUGCUGAAUCCGAUCCCGACACUCUAAAUGAGGCAGACCAAACCUUGUGGAAUGACAUGCUACGCAAUAGUAUUUUACCAGAAGUGGUCCAGACACAAGGACAAACCAGCGAACAAUAUUUCAGUGCGAGCAGUAGCGACAAAGAAGAAGGUCAGGAGAGCGAAUCUGGUGAAACGCAGGGGGGAGAGCUAGAACCCAGUGACAGCGUUUCUCACGAACUAUCUGAACAUGCUACGCCGGGGGAAGAGUUAGCACCCAGUGACAGCAUUUCUCAAGAAUUUUCAGAAGAUGCAUCGGAUCCUCCAGCUGAUUCUACAGCACAUUAUUGCGCCGAAUAUUGUGACUCUGUUCCAGAUAGCAACAAAGCAGUUGCAAAUGACUCGGAUAUUUAUGACGACGAUAAAGACGAUGCGGAAUCCGGACUUGAGUCGCACAAUGACGAGGAAACAGCUGACGAUGAUAACGCUGAUGAUGAUACAGACGCAGAUGAUGAUACAGCUUCAGGUGAAGAGAGACUGCUCACUGAUACUGGACAUAUAACAGACCCUGAAGUGACUCGAAAUGAAUCUGUCUAUGCUGCAAGUGACUACAAUUAUGAUUGUUUAUUCGAUCCUUUAUUCGAUCCAAGUGACAUGUUGGAGGCUGUGAACGGCACCACGACGUUGACCAUUGCCAAUGAUCAGCUGAUCGGCCACAGAAGACCCAGAGAUGUCGAAGUCAGGCGAAGUAGAGAGCACAAAAGAAUAAAAGAGGAUCACAAAAGAGCAAAGAUCACUCCGCGUCUACCCAUAUUGAGAAAGAAUGAUCAGCAAUGUAUACUGAACCAGCGCGAAGAUUUCACGGUUAACGCUGCAUUCAGAACACCAAAGAACGUUGAAAGCGAAGCGUACGGUACUCGCGCAAGUGAUAUUCGGACACCAAAGAACUUUCGUCAGGCGAUGUGCUCGAAAUAUGCAACCCAGUGGAAAGCAGCUAUGGACGAAGAAUUGGAAGCAAUGAAGUCCAAGGGAGUGAUCACAUUAAUUUCGAAACGAGAGAUGCCUGAAGACACUAAAGCGAUCAAGACAAUGUGGGUCUAUAGUGUUAAAACGGAACACUUAGGCAACGUUAUCCGUCUUCGAGCAAGAAUUGUGGCUCGAGGUGACAAACAACGCCCAGGAAUUGACUAUGGAGAAACCUUCAGUCCUGUAGCACGUAUGGCGACUUUCAGGAUGUUCGUGGCCAUUUGCCUAUUGAUGGACUUGACCAUUUACCAGGGUGAUAUCAACACGGCCUACCUGAAUGCACCCUUGGGGAUCAAGCAGUACUUGGACUCUCUAGAUGGAUAUCCUUCUGAAACUGACGACAUGGUAUAUGUUGUUCACAAGGCACUGUAUGGUCUUAAACAGUCUGGUCGAGAGUGGAACACCGAAGUAAAUGCGUGGUUUUUACGGUAUGGGUUUAAGCGUUGCACUACAGAACCGUGUCUGUAUUACUACGAUUCAGGUUCUAAGUUCGUAUUGGCACUACUCUACGUGGAUGACAUUCUGUGUGCAACCAAGAAUAAAUUGUUCAAGACGAAAAUGUUUCGGAGUCUGGACGAGGUCUAUGGAAUGAAGGAUCAAGGUCUACUUAGCACUUAUUUGGGUGUUCAAGUAGAGAGAAGCGAUGAUGCGAUUAAAAUUCAUCAGACGAAAUACUGCGAAGACGUUAUCAAUCGUUUUAACUUUGGAGAUGCGCACGCUAGCAGAAUUCCGAUGGAAACAAACAUACGACUUGCUGUAAACGAUACGGAUACCGCGAGGGCCAAACGCAUACCUGACAAUGGCAAAGAAUUUCCAUAUCGUGAGCUAAUUGGCUCAUUGAUGUAUCUGGCAACAUGUACGAGGCCAGAUCUUGCGUAUGUGGUCGGGCAGCUUAGUAGAUACGUGCAAAGCCCAACACAACAACACAUUGGCGCAGCCAAGAGAGUGUUAAGGUAUCUGGUGGGUUCCAAGACUCAUGGAAUUGUGUUCCACGCAAACAAUGAUGGAAAAUUAAGAAGUGAUUUAACCGUUGAGGGAUUUUGCGAUGCGGACUGGGGAAACGACCCAGACACGAGGAAAAGCAUUACUGGAUAUGUACAUUGCUUGGCAGGAGGUGCGAUAUCGUGGGCGUCACGACGGCAGAGUAUCGUGGCUCAAUCUACGGCUGAGGCCGAAUAUGUAGCAGCUUGCGAGGCCUGUAUGGAAGGGAGGGGUCUCAUUCAGGUUCUAAUCGAGAUAUUCCCAAGGUUGGUGUCGAAGUUUCGUCUCGGGAUUGACAAUAAAGCUGCCUUUGUGAUGGCUACAAACCCGACCUACAGUCGCAGAACACGACACAUUGAACUACGCUGGCACUACGUUCGAGAUCAGUAUGUGAAGAAAGCAGUAGAACUGUGGAAAGUAAAGACAGACGUGAAUCCCUCAGACUUGAUGACCAAGCCCCUGGCGAGUGCGCGUUUUGAGGCACUUAUCACCAUGAUAAAGAUGACCAAGAACGUUUUGCCGCAGUAA